UAAAAAUAUUCGAAAAUAUAAUAAAUAUAAAAAUAAAUAAAUAAAUAUAAAUUGAUUCUUUUUGGUUAGCCAAUGCGCGUAAAUAAACAAAAACUCUGGCCGUCUCUUCUUCUUCUUCAUCUUCUUCCUCGCGACUGUACGGUCUCUUUCAAUCUCCCACUACCUUAAUAUUAACCCGCCGUAACUGCUUCUCUUAUCAGUUUCCAUACCAACAUUAUCUCAAACAGUUUUAUAAAUAUAAUAUUACCAUCCUUAAAAAAAGAAAGAAUAUUUUUCUUCUUUAGGUAUAUAACUUUUCUCUAUAUACUUAUUCGGAGGUUUUGAUGGUGUGUUUGCGUGUUAGUAGUAAUUCACUCAGGAGGGUAGAGAAAAUUAAAAAAUAAAGUUCUUAUCUUUGGAUGAAUCUCGAAGUGAUCCAAACACUGGCUUAUUCCACUCCCCAGCUCUAGGGUUGAAUUUUUAGCUAAGGGAGCAACAAUAGAUGGCUACACUCCAGGACAUUGGUGUAUCAGCUGGGAUAAACAUCCUCAGUGCCUUCAUCUUCUUCAUAAUCUUUGCGGUUUUGAGGCUCCAGCCGUUCAACGACAGAGUUUACUUCUCGAAAUGGUACCUCAAGGGGCUAAGAAGCAGCCCUGCACGGAGUGGCGCCUUUGUGCAGCGCUUUGUGAACCUGGACUUCAGGUCUUACAUGAAGUUCUUGAACUGGAUGCCUGAGGCUCUGAAGAUGCCUGAGCAGGAGCUGAUCGAUCACGCCGGUUUGGAUUCAGUUGUGUAUCUCCGGAUUUACUGGCUGGGGCUUAAGAUCUUUACUCCAAUAGCAGUGCUUGCUUGGGCAGUUCUUGUGCCAGUGAACUGGACAAACAACACAUUGGAGUUGGCUAGGCAGCUAAGGAAUGUAACUUCGAGCGAUAUUGACAAACUCUCUGUUUCGAACAUCCCAGAGUAUUCAAUGAGGUUUUGGACUCAUAUAGUAAUGGCAUAUGCCUUUACCAUCUGGACUUGUUAUGUGCUGAUGAAAGAGUAUGAGACAAUUGCUAACAUGAGGCUCCAGUUUGUUGCAUCAGAAGCUCGUCGACCUGAUCAGUUCACUGUUCUUGUCAGAAAUGUACCUCCGGACGCAGAUGAAUCUGUUAGUGAACUGGUGGAGCAUUUUUUCCUGGUCAAUCACCCUGAUCACUAUCUGACACAUCAGGUUGUAUGCAAUGCAAACAAGCUCGCCGAUUUGGUACAAAAGAAGAAAAAGCUGCAGAAUUGGCUUGAUUAUUACCAGCUCAAAUACGCUAGAAAUAACUCCGAGAGAAUUAUGGUGAAGCUUGGCUUCCUUGGGCUUUGGGGACAAAGAGUCGAUGCAAUCGAACAUUACACUGCUGAAGUUGACAAAAUAUCAAAAGAGAUUGCUAUAGAAAGAAAGGAAGUGGUGAAUGAUCCCAAGUCCAUUAUGCCAGCAUCUUUUGUCUCCUUUAAAACUCGAUGGGCUGCUGCUGUCUGUGCUCAGACCCAACAGACCCGGAACCCGACCCAAUGGCUUACCGAGUGGGCUCCAGAGCCGCGUGAUGUGUACUGGCCAAACCUUGCUAUUCCAUACGUUUCUCUGACUGUAAGAAGGCUGAUUAUGCACGUUGCCUUCUUCUUCCUAACCUUCUUCUUCAUCAUCCCAAUCGCCUUCGUUCAGUCUCUUGCUACCAUCGAAGGGAUUGCGAAAGCUGCUCCGUUCUUGAAGGUUAUUGUCGAGGAUAAAUUCAUGAAAUCAGUGAUACAAGGUUUUCUCCCUGGUAUUGCACUGAAGCUUUUCCUCAUCUUUCUGCCGUCCAUCCUCAUGAUCAUGUCCAAAUUCGAAGGCUUCACAUCGAUCUCGUCCUUGGAGAGGCGAUCAGCGUUUAGAUAUUACAUCUUCAACUUCGUGAAUGUCUUUCUUGCAAGCGUUGUCACUGGAGCUGCCUUCGAACAGCUUAGCGCUUUCCUCAACCAGUCCCCAAACCAAAUCCCUAAGACCAUCGGUGUGGCCAUACCAAUGAAAGCAACGUUCUUCAUCACGUACAUAAUGGUCGACGGUUGGGCAGGAGUAGCUGGAGAGAUUCUGAUGCUGAAACCUCUGAUUAUGUUCCAUCUGAAAAACACUUUCUUGGUUAAGACUGAGAAAGACAGAGAGGAAGCAAUGGACCCGGGAAGCAUCGGUUUCAACACUGGAGAGCCUAGGAUACAGCUCUACUUCCUUCUUGGUCUUGUCUACGCUCCUGUGACACCCAUGCUUCUUCCUUUUAUCUUGAUCUUCUUUGCACUUGCUUACAUUGUGUAUCGUCAUCAAAUCAUAAAUGUAUACAAUCAAGAAUACGAAAGCGCUGCAGCGUUUUGGCCAGACGUUCAUGGACGAGUCAUAGCAGCAUUGAUCAUCUCUCAACUUCUUCUGAUGGGUCUGUUGGGAACGAAACACGCUGCAUUAGCUGCACCGUUUCUCAUCGCUUUGCCUGUGCUUACCAUCGGUUUCCACCGCUUCUGCAAAGGUCGUUAUGAGCCAGCUUUCAUCAGAUACCCUUUACAGGAAGCUAUGAUGAAAGAUACAUUGGAAAGUGCAAGAGAGCCGAACCUGAACCUGAAAGGCUACUUGCAGAGUGCUUACGUUCAUCCGGUUUUCAAAGGCGACGAAGACGAUGAUGACAUUGAUGAUAAGCUCGGGAAGUUUGAGGACGAAGCCAUCAUUGUCCCAACCAAACGUCAGUCGCGGAGGAAUACUCCGGCUCCUAGCAGAAUCAGCGGAGAAUCUUCACCUUCUUUGCCCUUUAGUGGUAAAGAAGUCUAGAGAAACGAGGAAUGUUUGACGAAGUAUAUAUACAUUUGUUACUUUCUAUUUGUACAUAGAGAGAAAGAAAGAAAAGAUGAUACGUAGCUCAAUGAGCUUGGUUUCAGAAAGAAUUGUGUUGUGGAGACCGUUAAGGGUUUUGCCGGCAGAUUUUAAAGUUUGGGGUUCUUUUAUAAGAAAUGAAAAAUCGAUUUUAUUGAAAAGCCUACCAAGAUCAUUUUUACCAUUAGAUAAAAUGUCAAAGAGCC